AUGUCUUUUUACAACCAACCACCAAUGAACAUAAAUGCCGCCGCCUCCUCUUCAGUUGACUGGCGUAUCACGUUGUCAGAAGACGAACGUAAAAAAAUUGUUAGUCGGUUCUUUAAGCUUUUUGAAUUUGUGGGCUCAGGCACUAAUCAAGAUCAAAGAUUCCUCCUUGCAAAGAAGUGGGAGGAAGAUGCGUUUAAUAAUGCCCAUUCCAAAGAUGAUUACCAUCGAUCGAUAACUACAAAAUUUUCGAAUAUGCAAAGCACUAUAAAACAGCGAAAACAACAGCAACAGCAACAGCAACAACAGAAUCAACAGGCCGCUGCUGUUCAACAAGCUACACAAAAUCAACAAUUAUACCAAAUGCUGCAACAAAAUCCCGCGCUUCAUCAAAAGAUAAUACAAGAUCAAUAUAAAAUGCAAGUCAUGCAACAAGCUCAAAGACAAAUAACACAGCAACAGCCGGGACAACAAACAACACAAAUGACUCAACAACUGACUCCGCAGCAAAUGUUACAAAGUUUCUCACGUCCAACUGGCCCUCAAGUAUCAUCGUCACCUAGGCCACAGCAAAAUCAAUUUCGUUUCAAUCCAAUGCAGCAACAUGUAAUGAACCUUCUAAAAAUCAGUCCUGAAACUCCAUUGACUGAAGAACUUUUAAUGCAGGUCAAUAACUUAGUAACUUCAAUGAACAAACGUCAACAACAAGUACAGCAAGCACAAGCAGCACAACAAGUACAACAAAUUUCUCCAAGAAUCUCAAGAAUGCCAACGCCAAAUUUGUCCAAUGCUGUAAUGAAUCAAUUGAAUGUUGGUUCUGCAAACACCGCCACGUCUCCCGUAAUCAUGGCAACUAAACCGAUCAUGCCUCAAUCCAAAGGACCUUCAAGGAAUCAAACACCUAAAUUGACGGCAGCGCAAAUUAAUAAUAAUAAGAUUAUGGUCCAAGGGAAUGUUAAUGCUGUUGGUAACAAAAUCAUUUCAGUAAGCCCAGUGUUACAACAAAAUCUAAAUGUUCCCCCUGCUCAAGGCGUAUCAACACAAUCUCAAGCUGCAUCAAAUGGAAAUAUGAAUGUUAAUUCUCCAGUAAUUUCACAAAAUACUGGAAUGAUGACACAGACAAAUUCUAGCAACUUACCACAAGCUAGUUCCGGAAUUAAUAUUCAAAAUGCUGUACGUCCGAUGGCAAAUUUAUUAUAUGCAAAUAGUGGUUCCAAUUCAAUCUCUGCUAACUCAAACCCUUUAUUGUCUAAUAAUAUGAUGAUGAAUAAAAUGAUGAUGGCUAACAAUAGUGCGGCAAUUAUGUCAAAUAAUAAUGCAGCAAAUUCUAUAAUUGUCAAUCCCGCUGCUAUGAUGAUGGUUUCGCAACAGAAUAAUGUAGCGGCACUUUCCUCUCAGAAUCCGGGAGUCAUUGCUAGACCAACCCAAAUGAUGGGAAAUCAAACACAAAUGGUUAAUUUGAACUUGACAAACAAUGCUCGUCCUCAAGGCCAAGUUCACGUAGGAUCGUCAUCAUCUACAACUGUAAUUCAAUCGGGAUUAGCAAUCUUAAAUGAGAAAGAAGCUCAGGAAGCAAAUAAUCAGAUUGCAACUCUCGACGCUCGUGCUAAGGAACGAAGGAUCCAAUAUCACGAAAUUCAUGAUUUAACUGACGAUGAAAAGAACAAGAUUAUGGGAAAACUAAAAGAAUUAGAUCCUAUGUAUCAUGAAGUAGACAAUGUUUUGCCAUACUUUUGGCAUUACACUAGAUCAAGUCAAGGCACUUAUCGCCUUUUAGGAAUGAAAUACAUGAUUGAAGACCAAAUAAAGGCUCUCCCUGAUAAAUUUUUGUUGAGACUUGAACUUGUGGAUAGUUUAUUACAACAGUUCCGCAAGUAUUUUGUAUUCGUGGACAGUAAAAGAAGAGGUAUCGAAGAUACCACAUUAAUGAAUGUUAAUCCAGCUUUACAACAACAACGUCCACAGCCUCAAACAGAUAUUCUUCAACCUCGAAUCAACCCAUCCGACUUGAAACUACCAAUGCAAAAACAUUCUCGUGAUAAUGCAGUAUCUGGAAGCUCAACAACUGGCAAGAAACGUCGGCAAUCGUCAGCAGAUCGAGAACAACCUAGUAAGAAGGUUGCACCAAGCAAAUCAAAUGUAACGGGAGCACAAUUACCAGAAGUGGUGAUCAUUGACCCUCCAGCGACAUCUGUUGUAUCUAACACUGCCGUUCCUGCAUCGACUUGUAGCAAUUCUGUCAUAGUUAUCCCAGAUGAUGUGAAAUCUGAAAAACAGCAACCACCGCAGCAAAACAUGCAUGCUGUGAGCAGCCAAGAAGUGAUUGCAAAUAUACCACCACCACUAAAAGAAGAAGCACCCGUUCAAAAAAAUUAUAUUGAUCCAAAAGUCUCAAAUGAAGGAUGCCGUGAACAAGCGCAGAUACUAAUCAAAUCCCUCCAAAAUAAACCCCCCCCAGUAAGGGCCGGGCGACAAGCUAUCGAAGGGUACAAGUCCUCCCAAGACGGUGUUGAAUAUCAUUUAGGUGCUUAUAUUACUUUAUUGAACAGCGCCUAA